GACCAAACACAAUCGAGUGGUGAAAUAGCAGCAGCGAUCUUCAUAGCACAAACCGCCCCUAAAGACGCACCGAUCCACUUCCUGUGCGAGUCAGACACACUCCAAACCACGAUAUGCUAUGAUCUGCAACGUUGGGAAGACUCCGCAUGGAUGGGAGCAGAGAAUAAGGACGCACUACGAGCUCUAGUUAACAUACUCCGGCAACGAUGUGCGCCCACAACUUUCCGGAAGGUCGACGGCCCUGAUGAGUGGAAGAUGAUCCAAACAGGACGAGAUCUAGCACAAAAACUAGAAUCAGAACGAGGAUCAGACCCACUCAUCCCUAAAACAGACAAAGUCUUCGACCUAUCUGGAGCAAGACUAUCAGUACUCACCCAACGUCUUGCAUAUCGCUUGAUACAACGGAGAACAUACAAGGAACGUCCUUCAACACAACGAAUAAUCAGCGGCAUCCUCUCAAACACUCGAGAUGUACAAGAAGCACCAGUAACUGAACCAGAACUAUGGAGGAGCAUCCGCUUAAGAGAGAUCAGAAGACCUAUAGCGGACUUCUUAUGGAAGAACUUACAUGGAGCACUACGAUCAUGCGGCCCAUACUGGAAGCACAUUCCAGGAUACGAGGACAGAGCGACUUGUACGCGGUGUGGCUCCGUAGAGACGAUGCACCACAUAUUCACUGAAUGUGCGGCCACCGGACGAGACACCAUAUGGAAGCUAGUAGAAUACACAUGGCAUAAGAAACAGGCCAACUGGGUAAGACCGAGUUAUGACGACAUACUAGGGAUGGGCACUAAGGCAUGGCGAACAAAGAAGGACAAACGGAGGCCGUCAGCAGAACGACUGUGGAGAAUCCUAAUCUCGGAAGCAGCGUUCAUGAUCUGGAAGCUUAGAUGUGAGCGAGUUAUAAACCACAGUGAUGACGAAGAUUGGGAACACUCCAGACAAGAGAUACGAGCCCGAUGGGUCGCCACAAUAAACCGGCGUCUACAUCUUGACAUGUCAAUGACGCAUAAGCGAUUUGGACGACAAGCUCUAAACAAAGACAUGGUCACCAACACUUGGAAAGGCACACUACACGACGAAUCUGCCCUCCCUGAUGACUGGACGGGCAUGAAUAGGGUUUUAGUGGGU